CAUUCACUCCACCAGGAUGUCUAUGAGCAGGACGCACAUUCACUCUGUUUGGACAAGAACUUAAUACCAAAAGCUGGACACUUUUUUAAACCUCCUGCUUUCCAUUUUUUUUUUUUUUUGGUAAACUCCUUUUAGGAACAGGAUUUGGAAUAAGCUCUUCCUCUUUUCUCUCUCUCUCUCUCUCUCUUUGAUGCUUUUCUCAGGAUCAGACAGCCUGACAGAGAAAGUUGUGACAGAUUUAGAAAGAAAAAAAAGAAGUCCAGAGCGAGACAGACUGAGCUUUGCCCUGGAGGUUUCUGAGGAGGAAGCAGGAGACAGAUAAAGAGGCAGCGAUAAUCUUGGGGAGAGAGACAGACAGACAGAGGGAGGGAAGUGCACAGCUGUUGUGCGAAAGAGAAGGGAAAACAGAGAUAAAGAAAGCGAGGACGUGCACAAGUUUGAAGGGCGAGGAGAAGAGACUGACAAGGGCAACCAAGGCUGGAAAGAAAAAGGGUUAUACAUGGGAGAGUCAGCCAAUAAUAGGCAGAGGUUGAGGAAGAACUCACCGUGAAGGUCAAGAAAGACAUAAAGAGAAGAACAACUGAUGAGAUAAAAGGGGAACAGAGACAAAUACUGAUUCGAAGAAGUGAACACACACCUGACAUCAACUUAAACAAGAGAGAAUGGAGACACACCAAGACGAGAGGAAAGACUUCCUCUGAAGUGGAUUAAAAAAAAGAAAAAGAAAAAGGAGCUGAGCUCUCUGUGAGGCAAAGAAGAGGAGACGAUUUCCUCAUCAUGUUUUAUUCAGCUGGUUUCCCAAAUUCAAACAACCUGCGCCGGAAGAGCAACUUCGUCCCAGGAUAGAAUGAAGAGAGGAGCAAAGAGAUACCUGCCGAGUCUGUGAUACCCUCCUGCUCCUCCUUUUCCUCCUGUUCACCUCAGACUCCUCCACCUGCCUCUCCUCCUCCCUGCCUUUCACUUUACAUCCUGAUUUAAAUUCACUAACCUCCCUCUUCUCUGUCCUGAGAUCUCCUCUACUCUCUUUCUCUUCUCCCCCUCAUCUCCUCACUAUGUGGAUACCAGCUUUGCUCUUAUGGAUUCUUAAUAUUGGCAAUUUGUGCUCAGGACAAGACUACACAGACUAUUACGAAACUGGAGACAUGGGCACCGAGGCUCCGGCACUGUCAGAUGGCCAGCCCAGUUUGGAUACAGUGAGGAGUGUGGAUCAGCUGUUACAGCUUCUGUAUCCAGAAUACAGUUUGCUUCAGCACUGCCUGAGAAAGAAAUCAUGGCGCGACUCCUAUGCCUCCUCUUUCCCCUCUUUUUCCACCUCCUCAGCAAGCCCUCUGGUCCACUCUAACGAUGAAGAUCUGUGGGGUCAGCCAAGGAAUGAGCCUCUUUACAAAGUGGAUGGGACUUUGGGAGUCAUCCUAGAGGAGAUCCAGAGAACCUCAUGCCAGCCCAGAGAGGUUUGUGUCGAGGUCGCCAAAGAAUACCCAGAAUCCACCAGCCAAUUCUACCUCCCUCGCUGUGUGGCGCUGCAUCGGUGCGGUGGGUGCUGCACCAACGAGGCCUUUUACUGCACCAAUACAAGUCACACGCUUGUCAACAAGACACUGAUGGAGCUGACCCCGCCCAGGAUGGACCGCUCUGUCGUCAUGGUAACCUUUAUAAACCACACUUCGUGCGAAUGCCUCUCCAAGCGGCCACUGCACUCCAUCAUAAGGCGAGCCGCAACAGAUCAUCUGUGUUCCCCACCAGAAGUUCCCUGCGCCACUGGCUCAUUAUGGGAUCCAGUGAACUGUGUGUGUGUGUCUACAGAUGCCAUAAACUAUUCUGAGACUGAGGCGCUGGACUCAGGUCUGCUGGCGCUCUGUGGGCCCAACAGAGUUCUGGAUGAGUCCACCUGCGAGUGUGUCUGUCGAAACGGACUCACUGAGGACAGCUGCGAUCCAGGCUGGAAACUGGACCACAACACCUGUGAAUGCCAGUGUGAAGGUCAAGGUGAUGGGAAGUUGUGUCCCACCGGCCAGCGGUGGGAUGAGGAGCUGUGUGGCUGCGUGUGCGCUGCAGAGUGUCCCGGUAACCAACCCCUCAACCCCGACACCUGCCUGUGUCAGUGCAGAGAGAGUCCACAGUCGUGUCUGCGGCAGGGCAAGAGGUUCAACUCCAAUACCUGCAGCUGUUACAGGUUGCCUUGCAGAAAGCCCAGACAGGUGUGUCAGACUGGUUUUUACUAUAGCCAUCAAGUCUGCCAGUGCAUCCCCAAGUACAUGAGGUGGAAUUAGCCAGCCACGGGCAGACAGAGGACCAAAACUGCAGAUGACCUUCAGCAGGAUCUUUUUCAGCUACCAAAGCAGCAGGGGGAAAACUACCUGGUGUUGUGUUUGUUUCAAAGGUUUAAAUUUUCUGCCGUCUUGCGUCAGGUUGCUAUUUUGGGCCUGAAAACAAAGGGACAAGAGGGAAGUAGGACCUCCUCAUCGGAGGUCAAGAAGGUGGAACAACACAUUUAUAUGUUCUGGAUUACAACAGACUACAAGCAGCACUUAAGGAGUUUUAUUAGUGCUGUUCGUGCUUUGAAACAAAGGAGGAUGGGAGUGCUUCCCGGUGCAACAAAAAGGCCAAACAGCCACCCGCAUGCAGUAAAACUCAUAAAAGCGAAGUAAUCAAAGAGAGAAAAUGAGGAGAUAUAUUUGACUUUCUGGGACCCUGUCUUACAUGUGCUGGCCUUUAACCCAACAGUAAUAAUAUGGUCCUGACCGAAAGCAACCAAUCACACCUGGAAACUGCCUGAAAAAUUACAAAAAAAGGUGGGAAGGACCAGUCAGACUCUGAGGCCAGUGUGCAUCCCUGCUGCAACGUGUUUGAGCACGAUAUUCAGCCACCAACCUGCCGCAGAGACGCUGCUUAUGCCUGUGUGAAAUGGAAAGUGGAAUAAAAUAACAGACCAGGUUCCAUGCGUUUUUUAAAUAAAAUAAGCUGCAGGGCACUUCACGCUUUGGCAGCCUUGAGUCUUGAGAUAUUUGAGAGGUUGAAGGAUUUAUUUUGAAAUGUUAUGUGAUGUUGCUGAGACCUUGAAUCCCCUCUAUUAGAUGAGGUGGAAAUGGUGACGGUAUCUUUUGGUCUUCCACGGAGUUCAGUUUUAGGGAACAGAUUUUGUUGAUUAAGUUUAUACGGAAAGGAAAGGAGUUAAGCUCUUGCUAUAGCUAUAGUUGUUUGGUCUUUUUUUUUAUGGGCUCACAAUAAAAAUGUCAUUGUUUUACAUGAAAGUCUUGGAGGGUGCAACUCCCUUCAGCAAAGAGAGUAAAGGUUUAAAGUCAGACCGUCUUCAAUUAAAUGUUAAUUCAAACACUCCCAAACAGCUAUUAUAUCCUCCAGUUUCAACUUGCCACUCCUGCAGUGCUGCUCUUUGAAGAUUUUGCUCACACAUGACUGAAUCCAAUCACAGAUGAUUAAUGGUAACACAGCUCAGUUUUGGAUCUGCUACUAAUUUAUCUCUACACACUCUGAGUAAUAUUAUUUGUAAAUAUUUAAAUCAUAUUUCAUAUUUAAAAUUGAUAUUUUAAAGAUGGAAUGAUGUCAAUGUAAAAUACUGUAUUUAAGAUACUAUCAUAACUAAGUAUUGUUGUAAUGAAAAUAUGUACAUGUCAUAAUCCAGUAGUCUUAAUUAAUAUGGAGAUUUGUCUUUGUCUUCUUUGCCUGCACUGCAAAAGAUUCAAUCUAACAGCUCAUUUAGACACCUAUACAACUUCAAAAGAUAAUGAUUUUGGGCUCAAAGAUACCUUAAAUGUUAGGAUGAAAAUUUAUUGCGGUGCAGAAGUGACUGUGGUGUUUGUGUUAUAUAGAUAUAGAGAAAAAGUGAAAUUCUGUCACCAUGCUACUAUUAAAUAUUUAAAGUAGUACUGAAGUACUGAUUAAAAACUUUGUCAGACUGA